AUGCGCAGUUUCUCGGAGCCGUGCGUCCCGACCGAGGCACCACAAGCCUUUCCAACAAGAGUCGGAGAUGCGGCCCUUCGAGGGACUGUCCUGGCCGGACCCCCGCUGUUCCCAGCCAUGGCUUUAUCCUCCCGAGGGUCAGCGGAUCCCAGUUUGGAUACGAUGAUUCACACGUCUCCGCCCGGGCAUUCUGCGAUGCUGUGUCGGCCUCCCGAAAUUCUGGAGGGAGGGGAGAUGGCAGAUGAUGAGCCGAAAGUUUAUCUGGAAGCCAGCGACCUUUGGAGACAGUUCCACAAAUGCGGCACUGAAAUGGUCAUUACAAAAUCUGGGAGGCGCAUGUUCCCGCCGCUCAAGGCCCGGUGCAUCGGGAUGGAUAGAAAAGCCAAAUAUAUUCUUCUGAUGGACAUAGUGGCGGCUGAUGACUGCAGAUACAAGUUUCAUAACUCCCGCUGGAUAGUGGCGGGAAAGGCGGACCCCGAGAUGCCCAAGCGCAUGUACAUCCACCCGGACAGUCCGGCCACGGGCGAGCAGUGGAUGUCCAAAGUGGUCAACUUCCACAAACUUAAACUGACCAACAACAUUUCUGACAAACAUGGAUUUACAAUUCUCAACUCGAUGCACAAAUACCAGCCCAGAUUUCAUAUCGUGAAGGUAAAUGACAUCCUCAAACUGCCCUACAGCACCUUCAGAACAUACGUCUUCUCCGAGACUGAGUUCAUCGCAGUAACAGCUUAUCAGAACGAUAAGAUCACACAGCUGAAAAUAGAUAACAAUCCUUUCGCUAAGGGAUUCCGAGACAUCGGCAACGGAAGAAGAGAGAAGAGGAAACUACAACAUUCAUCACAAAAAUGUAAAGAGAUGCGGCUGAUUGACAUGAAACCUGAACCUCUUCAAGAUUCAUCCCCACAAUAUUCAGACAAUCUCAAGUCCUCAGAUGCCCAUGAAAGUGACAGCGACAGAAACGAGAAUGUAGAGGACAAUGCUGGAGAGGAGGAGCGCAGAACGACAAGAGACACGAAACCUGGAUCAAAGGUUCCCACCGCAGACAGAACAGUACAGACUCCAGCUGGGACGCAGAGAGAAACGGAUCCAAGACAAAGUCACGUCGUCAGUAUCAUAAGUGAUGGAGCGGGUCGCUCCAACCCGCAAGACUCAGAGCAGGAACAAAUGUGCAAAUUACGCAGCGGUUUUGCACACAGCCGUGUUUAUCCACCGGAAUUGAACGCGCAUCUGUGGGAUCCGAGUGUCCCCAGCGGCCUUCUCCACUCUGCUCAGGUGAACACCUGGAACAGCUGUGCCACCGUGGACAGAGCAGCGUCGUGUGGACUGAGCCUGGCAGCACCUGUCAGGACUCCAGGAACCCCAGGGUUUCCCAUCAGCCUUCAGCAGCAGGCGCUGGUACAGGACCUGAUGACCUUUUCACACUUUGGAGGCUUCCUGUUUUAUCCCUACGCCAGCCUCUCAGUGCGCUCCAAAGUGGAUUUCAGAGCCUAUCCAAGCGUCCACAGCCGGGACUACUUCACCUCCCCAAUAAUAUCUUCAUGUGUUCCUCCUGGUGGUGGGUUGAAAUAUCUUGUCCCUGAUUUGCUAAUGCUACCCAAAACAGAGCAGAUGAACUCGGUGGACGAAGCUGAAAUGGACUGCAGUCACGACGAGACACAAACAGGGACAGAAUUCUGA